UUCUGCUCGAAAAGAGCUGCUUUAUGUAUGUUUUUAUGUAUGUUUUUAUUGAGAGUAGAAUUAUUUCAAGAUAAGGAAGACAUUUGAUAUCUAUCCGUUUAUUUUUUGCUAAAGACAACAGUCGUUUAUUUUUGACGAACCGCAUGAGUGUUUCUGUGAACAAGCAGCGCUCCCUUUAGAUUUGAAAAUAUCGAAAGGGAAAAAAUAGAUUAUAACUUAAAGAAUCAAAAUGGACCCACUGCUGUAUCUCGGUGGCAUGGUGGCUUUAUUCCUGUUGUGGGUGAAAAUAAAGGGAUUAGAAUACGUCAUAAUUCAUCAGAGGUGGAUCUUUGUCUGUCUGUUUCUUUUGCCAUUGUCCGUGAUAUUCGAUGUGUACUACUAUUUGCGAGCCUGGCUCAUUUUCAGGAUGUGCUCAGCUCCGAAACAGCACGACCAGCGCGUCCGGGACAUUCAAAAGCAGGUUCGGGAGUGGAAGAAGGAAGGAGGCAAGACCUACAUGUGUACUGGACGUCCCGGCUGGCUGACUGUCUCUCUCCGUGUUGGCAAGUACAAGAAGACCCACAAGAACAUCAUGAUCAACCUCAUGGACAUCUUAGAAGUUGACACCAAGCGACAGGUGGUUCGUGUUGAGCCCCUUGUGAACAUGGGUCAAGUGACUGCUCUACUCAACUCAAUUGGCUGGACCCUUCCAGUUCUACCAGAACUAGAUGACCUCACAGUGGGCGGACUGAUCAUGGGCACAGGUAUUGAGUCCUCUUCCCACAUCUAUGGCCUCUUUCAGCACAUCUGUGUAGCCUUUGAACUGGUCUUAGCCGAUGGCAGCCUGGUCAGGUGUACUGUGAAAGAGAACUCUGACCUUUUCUACGCCGUACCCUGGUCCUGUGGCACAUUGGGCUUUUUGGUUGCUGCAGAAAUCCGAAUAAUCCCAGCACGGCGCUUUGUUAAGCUGCAGUACGAGCCAGUCUGCGGGCUGGAGAGAAUUUGUCAGCGGUUUGCAGAGGAAUCUGCCAACAAGGAGAACCAGUUUGUGGAGGGGUUGCAAUUUUCACUUGAUGAGGCCGUGAUCAUGACAGGGAUUAUGACAGAAGAGGCAGAGCCUGACAAGAUCAACUGUAUCGGGCAUUACUACAAACCCUGGUUCUUCAAGCAUGUGGAGAGUUACCUAAAAGAGAACCGGAGAGGAGUGGAGUAUAUUCCCCUCAGGCACUACUACCACCGGCACACACGUAGCAUCUUCUGGGAGCUGCAGGAUAUUAUUCCCUUUGGCAACAGCCCACUGUUCCGGGGCCUGUUUGGGUGGAUGGUUCCACCGAAGAUCUCAUUACUAAAGCUAACCCAGGGCGAGACCAUCCGCCAGCUGUACGAACAGCACCAUGUUGUCCAGGACAUGCUGGUUCCUAUGAAGCACCUGGAGAGCGCGAUCACCACUUUCCACAAGGACAUCCAUGUGUACCCUCUGUGGCUGUGCCCGUUUGUGCUGCCCGGCCAGCCAGGGAUGGUGCAUCCAAAGGGCAACGAGGCUGAGCUUUAUGUGGACAUUGGUGCAUAUGGGGAACCCCGCGUCAAGCACUUCCAGGCUCGGGCUUCUAUGAGGCAGCUGGAGAAGUUUGUUAGAGGCGUGCACGGGUUCCAGAUGCUAUACGCUGAUGUGUACAUGGACCGUCAGGAGUUUUGGGAGAUGUUUGAUGGCUCUUUGUAUCACAAGCUGAGGGAGGAGUUAGGCUGCAAGGACGCUUUCCCUGAAGUUUAUGACAAAAUCUGUAAAGCAGCACGACACUGAUCCACCCCUAUCCAAAAGAAGGAGAAUAUGUGAGUGCCCGUUUCAGUUAAGCUCAACUGUUUCAUUUGGACUGACCCUCUUCAAAUUCUACUUUUAUUCACCUGGGCUGCAGUCUGGUAAAUGUCUCACAUUUUACCCUGCUGCAUAAUCCAAUUUUAGUAAAACCAUCAGAAAUAAAAUGUAUUUAGUGAGUUCUGUCAGCCAUGGAGUUCAUUUAAUCUUUUAUAUAAACAUUUAAAACUAUGUGUACACUUAUAAGCUUAGUUUUAUGUACCUGUAGUUGAACAACCUUCCACUUUUUAUUAUCACUUGCUUCCAGCAAAGAUAAAAUAACACCAUUUGAAAUAAAACAUGGAGGCUUAGACAGGAGAGUACGAAUAAGUUGAAAUUGAAGUUAAAAUUGACCAAAGUAUUUGGUCUCCACAGUUCUUUAUUUCACUGUUAAUAUUACAGAACCUUUGUUUUUCCUUUAAUAACUUAAUAUAUAAUUUAAAUAAAAAAAAUAAAAAAAAUGGCAUUGACAAAAUUAUUGACACCCCAAACUCAAUAUUUGGUAGCACAGCCUUUGGUUAAAAUAACUGCAAUCAAGCACUUCCUAUACCCAUUGAUGAGCUUCCUGCACCUCAGUACUGGCAGUUUGGCCCACUCUUCUUGUGCAAACUGUUACAGUUCUCCCAGAUUUGAAGGGUGCCUUCUCUCAACUGCUGUUUUCAGAUCUCUUAUUAGAAGUGCAAUAAAAGAUUAACCAACAAUAAAUCGCCAUUGGAAUACCACAUAUGGUACAUAACUAAGUUUGACUUAUGGAGCAGGAGCAUUGUAGGAUAAAAGAGGUUUUGUAUAGAUUAGAAACACCAAAUUUGUAAAAAAUAAAUAGACAACAUUUUGUAAAUACAAAACCCACACAUUUUAAGUGUUUCCUGUGUCCUACUAAAGUCCUACUGAAGUUACUGUAAUUUUAGCAGUUAGGGGUGUUACUGUGGAACUACACUUUAAUUGAAUAUACAUGUGUUUAUUUAUGGCUUUGGUUACAAAUGGACAAAUAAAUUUGAAUUCUGCAAAUAAAUUACUCUUUUCCUUUCAUUUCUAACAUAACUAGAAGAAACAAGAGAGUUUUUAAUAUUCAAAUAAAGACUUGGCUUUAAACCAAUGUCAUUUGUCAGAUGCUUAUAUCCAAAGCAACUUACAGAACUAGAGUACAAUCUACUGCAGUUCCUGAUAACCUAUGUAUUAUAUUUCAUUAAUUAAAAAGACAUGAAAUUAAGUAACAUGCUUAGGUUAAUUCAAUGCAAGUGAGUGGCAGGAGUCAUGUGUGUCAGGAAGUUCCUAGUUAAACCAUGUUCUUUGUUUGCUACUGGAC